AUGAACGGCAAAGAUUUAGUUCAUGAGCUAAGACCAACCAUUGUGGUUGAUGAUUCAAGCAUGACCACUUUCACUCUGCCAUUACAAGGCGAUUCUGGAAUUUCAUCUUUAAAUGAAAGUCCUCCAACUGGUAUUUUACAUGCAGUUGAUUUAACAGGUGUGGAAGAUGGUGUAGUUUUAGCUUGGCAUAACAACUGGGUCUUGGUAGCACGUUUUGAUGAUCAUGUAGUAAUCAAAAGAAUAUCAUGUAGAUUAUGUAAGAGGGUACUUGAAGCAGCUUUUAAAUAUUUAAGUCUUUAUGAACUUCCUGAAGCGCAUGAAGUUACUCUUUAUGAAUACGAAGACUAUAGAAUAGAACUUGCUAAAUGCAUACACUGCAUACAAGAAAAGUAUUCUAUAGUUCAUAAUCCAAAACGAAGUGCUUUUAAAGAACAUGAACCAAUUAGCGAUAAAAUACAACUUGGACCAGGCUUAACGCAAAAUGAAGAAUCAAUAAUUAGUUUAAAAGCUGGUAUUUUAGAAUGCUCUACUAAGUCAGGGAAUAAGUUGUGGGUGGAUAAUAACCAAAAAAGAUAUGUUCCGGCUGCAGGAGAAUCUGUACUUGGAAUAGUGACACAUAAAACUUCAGAAUUUUAUCGUUUGGAUAUUGGAUCUGCUCAUCAAGCAAUCCUAUCCAACUUGGCGUUUGAGAAUAUAGGAAGUUUAAUAUAUGCAAGAGUUUUAUUAGCAAAUAAAGAUAUGGAACCAGAACUUGGAUGUGUUAAUCCAGAAAAUGGUAAAGCUGAUGGAUUUGGUGAAUUGAAAAAUGGCUAUUUAUUAAAAUGUUCUUUAAGACAUUGUAGAAGUGGAUGA